AUGUUAAGUGAUAUUAAACAAUAUGCUCCAUUGACUCAAAUAACAUCAUAUUCAACAAGAUGUCAACAACAAUCAAUUGUUGAAAAUAUUACUUCAAUUCCAUUAAUACUAUCAAGACUUGCAAAAUUUGGUAGUGAACAAUGUCCAGAAUGGUUUCGAUUAUAUAAGAUACUUGCAACAUUUGCAGUUGGUUCGAAUGAACCCGAACGAAUGUUUAGUGCUUUACGACGGAUAAAGACCUGGUUAAGAAACCGCUUAAGUGAUACUACCGUCGAAAUAUUAUUGAAAUUGUCUAUUCUUGACAUACAAUUAACAGAUUAUGGAAUCGAUUUUAUUGUUCAAGAUUUCAUAAAAAAUUCGGAGCGUGCGAAGUCACGAAACGUAACAUUAUUUUUUCAAUCGGAUCAAAUGAACCAAAGAAACGAUGAACUUUGA